UGUAAUCCCAACGCGGGCUGGCAUCGACAUACUUUAUGAUUGCCGAUUGCUUUUCUACCUUUAUUUGGGCUUGAAUCUCACAUGUUAAAUCGCUUGUCAAUUGCCGAAAGCAAAAUACACCACGUCUUGGCUUCGUGUUGCAGUUUGCUUGCCUCUUUACCUGUCGCAGAGUAUAGACCUCAGCAGGUAUUCCACAGCACAAAAUGGUUACCACGUUCCAUCUCCAAUCAGUAGACAAUGAGUUGUCUGGCCGUCUUGCGCUGGUUACAGGAUCCAGCGGCGGGAUUGGCUCGGCCUGUGCAAAGUCACUGGCUUCUGAAGGCUUGGACGUUGUCCUUCACUACUCCUCUAGCAAGGAAAAAGCAGAGUCAUUAGCCUCCGAGCUCCGACAGAGCCAUCCGAAUCAACUCUUCGUCACUGCCCAAGCCGACCUGACAAACCGAGAAUCCACGCGCGCCUUUGUGGCAACAGUGCUGAGCACGCCGGCCGUUGCCCAGAAACACAAAGCGAUAUCCGUGCUGGUUGCAAAUGCCGGCAUUGGCCGUCGCAUUCGACAUGUCAAAGACAUUGAGGAACAAGACUGGGAUGACAUGAUGGAAGUCAACGCUCGGAGCCAGUUUGUCAUUACAAAGGCUGCUGUGGAAGGGAUGCGUGCACAAGGCUGGGGACGAGUGGUUCUCGUGGGCAGCAUUGCGAGUCGGGGAAGCGGCUUGAAUGGAUGCCAUUAUGCAGCUUCGAAAGGUGCCUUGUGUUCGAUGGGUUUGAACAUGGCCACAGUCCUGGCCCCAGAAGGUAUCACGGUCAAUAUUGUUUCACCAGCCAUGAUCGGAGCUACAGGAAUGAUUCCCACUCCAAAGCAGAGGACUUGGACGUCACAGGAUGACAUGGAGGCAAUGAGAGAGUCUGAUCCUGGACUUGCAAUCGCCAGCAGCGUGCCGAUACACAGACUUGGACUGCCAGAAGAGGUGGCCAACGUGGUAGUCAUCGAUUCGGCGGGAGUGUCGGGCGUGCCUCCAUGUCGUCGAUGCGUUGAGCACCAGCUGGAAUGCGUCUUGACAAAGUCGAGGCGUGGUGGGCGCCGCAUCAAGGGCGUUCGCAAUUCCAUGCUCCAGACGCCCAGCCGUAACAGCGAAGGCCGUGAUCCGGCAAACACCACGCGCGAUGACGACGAUGACGACGACGACGAAGACGACGAUGAUGAUAAUGGAAACUAUAGUAGCCAGCAGGCAAACCAUCCUCGUCCCGACCAGCAUCCAGGCGGCGCGGAUGACAUGCGAGCAUGGCUUUCGUCCUCGCAGCAGGCCGGCAACUGGCCUGACGAGGGGGGUUCCACUCGUGAGAUUGCAGAAUCGAGAACGAGUUCGGACGGUUUAGAAGGUCACAUUGCCAACACCGAUCUUUUGAACCCCUCAGAUGCUCUCGACCUUCUUGCGCAAGUUGCCGACCUGGAUCCUGAUCGACAGCGGAAUGCGCUGGCGGGCCAAGCCGGCUCUAACAAUAGACUUGCAGUGGACGGCAUGCCGCAAAUCGUCGGUAGAUCAGCUGCCAGCUACUAUCCUCCAUUGGAUGAUGGCAUAUUGACGCCCUCGGAGGCGUCGUAUCUUGUCAAAAGAUAUCACGAAAACUUCCAUCCCUUCUUUCCGGUGGCUCAUAGCGCUAUAUUUGAGGGUUCGAUAUCCGAAUGGGCAGCCAAAGAGCCUCAUCUCCUGACUGCGAUUCUUACCGUUGCUUCCAAAGACGACCCGUCCUGGUUCAGAGUGUACGACGCAUGCUCUCGCCACAUCGAAACCUUCCUGUCCAACUUUAUAUAUGCCGGAUCCAAUUCUGUUGGCUCCGUAGAGGCGCUUCUUAUUCUUGCAGAAUGGGCGCCACAACGCCCCCAGGAGAAUUCCGCCAUUGGCUGUGGCCAAGAAGAUCACGGCGCCUGGAUGCUUGUCGGCUUGGCCGUGAGGCUAGGGUAUUUGCAGAGGCUGGAGCAAUCUGCACUACUGCCGGAUGAAGGAAAACUUUCUGCCGAGAUGAGUAGGAAACGAGUUGUUUGGGCAGCAUGUUACAUGUGCGACCGACAAGUCUCAAUCCGACUUGGAAAAGGCUUUUGGUCACGCGGACCCGGUCCGGCUCUCCAUCUACGGGCUGCAGACUUUCCGACGUUACAAGAGCAGGCGCUUGGCCCAGACAACAUGGGUCUGUUGUUUCAAGCCCAUCUCGAACUUACCCAGCUGAUUAGCAAUGCCCACGAUAUUUUGUAUUCGUCAACCAGCCACAGGCAGCAACUGUACAUUGGCGGGGAGUAUGUCAGAUACAUUGAUGAUUUUGCUUCCAUGGUACGGAAAUGGAAGUUGUCAUGGGCAAACCAUAGCUUCACACCUCCCGUGAAAGCCUCUUUGGUGCUGUCUUUCGAGUUCCUGAGACUGUACAUCAACGCUUUCGCCUUUCAAGCUAACUUGAACCGGGCCGCAGCUCGGAAUGCGCAAGCAGGCCCUGGGAAAGCAAGCGGGCCGCUGUUUUCCAACGUUGCUGGAAAGCCAGAUGCCCGAUUCAUCUAUGAGUCAAUCGACGCUGCAAACUCGCUUCUCAGCAUCUUGAACAGCUUCAUCGACCCUGUGGCUGGCCUCAAGUGCAUGCCGCUCAAGUACUGUCUCUACGUGAUUUAUGCCGCUGUCUUUUUGUUCAAGGCAAGAAUGGCGGGAGCCAUCAGCAGCGAAGGUGGCGAUCGCGGAGUCCGCCGCGCCAUCCACGGCACCAUUACACAGCUACAAAAAACGUCGGACAACCCACAAAGCCUUGGAAGACGAUACGCCACGUCGCUCCGCCUUCUCUGGAGGAAAUCUAGUACGAAGCAGUCCAACAAAUCUGCUGCUCCUCGUCGUGAUCCAUUGACCGAGCCACCAACGCCGACAAUGGACGACAUCCAAGGGCAGGAAGGCAUUCCUUUACUGCACACUGGCAAGGCGGCGAUGGACAUGGAUCCACUGAGUGGGUUUUCGUGGAGGGAUUUGGAUUCGCUGGGACAGUUUAUUGCUGGCAAUUCAACGAUGGCCAUGGCAGACGGGAUGCUUGCUGGUGGAGAUUAUGAUUGGGAACAUAGCUCAGGCGGUUUGGAUGAUCUUGUAGUGCAGCCGCAGUUUGACACGAGGUGGGUCGGGCACGACAUAAUUUUUUGAGUAUUAAUUUUGGGCAAAUUUGGUGUUUUUUUAGGAUAAUUCAAUAGCCGCAGUCUCUGAGAAAUGGAUGGAGAAGUGCUAAAUGAUUUGUUUACAUGGGGGGGUUUGGCAUAAUAGUCGAGUGCUUAGCAAUACC